UACAUCUAAAAUGUCCAAGUUGAGCAGUGACGAUCUCAGAGAAAGCGUUCAAAAGGUUUUGACUGAUAAGAAUAAGAGAAAAUUCGUUCAAACCGUUGAUCUCCAAAUCAAAUUGAAGAACUACGAUCCAUCCAAGGAUAAGCGUUUCAAUGGUUCUUUGAAGUUGCCAAACUACGUCAAGAAGAACUUGAAGGUCUGUAUUUUGGGUGACCACAACCAUUGCGAACGUGCAAAGGAAUUAGGUAUCCCAUUCAAGACUGUUGAUGACUUGAAGAAUACCAAUAAGAACAAGAAGAUUGUCAAGAAGUUGGCUGACUCCUAUGAUGCUUUCUUGGCUUCUGACUCUUUGAUCAAGAGAAUUCCUAGAUUGUUAGGUCCUGGUUUGUCCAAGGCCGGUAAGUUCCCUCUCGUCUUGGGUCAAAAUGAUGAUAUCCCUGCUAAGAUUGAAGAAUUGAAGAAGACUGUCAAAUUCCAAUUGAAGAAGGAAAUUAACUUGGCUACUGCUAUUGGUAACGUUGAAAUGCCAGAAGAAGAAGUCCAACAAAACGUAACUAUUGCUUUGAACUUCUUGGUUUCCUUGUUGAAGAAGAACUGGCAAAACGUUGGUGCUGCCAACAUUAAGGCAACCAUGGGUAAGCCACAAAAGAUUUAUCCAUAAAUCCUCUGAACCAAAUUCUCCACACCAAUACUCCAAGUUUCAACACGCAAGUGUACUUGGAUGCUGUUGGAAGUCACAAUAAAAGCAGAUGUAAACAAA